AGAUCGAACGGUGGCGAGCGACACCGAGUCCAACCGAGGGGUGAGUCGCGCGCGCGGUGUCGUACCUUCCUCAGGACCAUCGUGUCACCUUCGAAUCGAAGCUACCUUCCACCCGAUUAUUAGAUCGCACGACUCGGCCGCGCACCGUAAACCAUUAAUCGCCCGUUUAUAAUCGCCGGCGUCGCCGUUCGGCUCGGUCCAGUUCGAACGAUUCACCGGCACGUUGGAAAAACCAGUUUAUUAACGUUAUUAUUCCCGUUUCGCUGACCGGAGCAUGAUCGCGGAUCUCCUCUCGCGUUCCCAAACACGGUCGUCGAAGAAAACGAUCAGUCGAAUCAGAGAGUGAUUUAAGAAGUAAGCGAGAGUGAAAGUGAUCGUUGUUGUCAAUUAAUUCGCACGGGGCGGCGGCUGCUGCUGCUGACGCUCAGAUUUUCUCUGCGAUUUUCUGCGUUGACACACAGCGGUGGUUAUCGAUCAUCGCGCAGAGGUACACAGAACGGAAGUGCGAGCGGUAUUAAUACGUACGCGCGCGCGUCCAACGAUGGACGAGACCUGUCGAAGGAUCAGGCUCGAGAGGAUCAUCGCGCAUGAAAAAUCCGCCGAGUGAACUUACACCGUUGUGUCGUGUAUUUUCAUUCGGGACUACUUCUAUGGGGGAGAUUAAAGCUCUUGCGUCUCGGUCCGAACAAACAGCGUUUCGUGGACCGCGGGAGCCUCUAGUUUUCGCACAGAGUCAGAAGGUUGAAUCGAUGAAAAUCAGAUUCUGCCAUGAUCUUCGUGGUCCUGUUGCUGUUUCAUCGUUGUUAGCUGCCCAAGGAUCAUGGCGAACUUUGACCGACGUUACGACGCUACGACCGUGAAAAAAAUACCCGGAUAACCGGAGACGGUGAAGAAUCGUGGUAACGAGAGUAACGGAACGGAACGAUGGUAAGGAUCGCGCGUGGUCUCCUUGGCAAUGACUCUCACCGCCGCUGCCGCUGCUGCUGCCGAACAAAGGCGUUUUUCGACCGCUAUCCUAAACAGAUACUGACAGAUCGAACGGGAGCAACUAUCCGGUGGUGGUGGUAGUGGUAGUGGAAAGGCAGACACAAGAAACGAAGCGAGCAAAACGUAACGCGAUCAUGGGCUCUCUGCCGAAUCUCCACGAGUUGUCGAAGGACAAGCUCGAAAGUCCUGCUUUCAGACCGGCUCCGAUCGGGGGCUUAGGACCCAUACGACUGCCAGCCCAGCCUCCGCCGUUGGCGCACACUCACAGACGCGCUAGAAGCACCGGUCAUCAUCAUACCCUAUGGGACAACGACGCUAUGCUCGAGCACAUGGCAGCAUACUCUCCCAUCUCGUGCCGCGCGACGAGAACGUCGGCGAUGCCAUGGCGAAGGCGCGACUCGAUGAACUCUGCGGCGGGCGCGUCCUCCGUGCGCCGGUUGAUCGCCGCCGUGAGGGCAGCGCCUUCCGGUUCCAGGCCGCCGAAGAAAGCGAUCCUGAGGCACUGCGCCGCUCUUCUUCUGGGACACGCGAGCUGCUCGGCUGCGAUGCUACCUAUAUUCCCGUUGCAAGCGGGCCUCGGAGCUUUCAACGCUCAUCUGGGCCCGAUGCUGCUCGCCCUCCUCUACGCGGUCGCCACGCUCACCAGUUGCUUCGCGCCGAUUCUGCUGCAAAGAUUCGGGACGAAUCUCGCCGUGUGCACUAGCCACCUGGCCACUACCAUAUUCGUCGGACUACACUUGUAUCCGAAAUGGUAUAUACUGUUACCUAGUUACGCGAUGCUAGGCGCUUGUGUGACGCCGAACUUCCUGGCGAGAGUUUCACAUGUAAAUACAUCAGCGUCGAGUUUAGCAUUGGUCUACGUCGAUCCCGAGGUGGAUUCCGACGAAACGAGACGCGAGUGCUUUCUGAGAAGACUUAAUCGAGGAAUCAAACUAGCAGAGGAUAUUGGUCUCGCACUGGGUUGUCUGAUAGCUGCCAUACUCGUAAAAUUGACAGACUCCGUAGGUGUGAACACGAUGAUGAGCAGUGAAGUGAGCGAUUAUUGCGGUGCGAGGUACUGUCCAGCAGAGGAUAUUUAUUUUUACAACAGCAGUAGCAGCAGCGGCAGCAGCAGUAGCGGCGGCGGCGGCGACGGCAGCAGUAGCACGGUCAAUCCGCCUCCGACGUUGUCGUACAGAACGUCGAAAAUGUUGGUCAGCAUAUGGACAGGCCUGGCCGUUCUGGGCUUCGGCAUAUCGUGCGCGUUCCUCGACUCUAGGCUGAAAGAACCGCAGAGCGUCAACGAGAAACACAGCACGCAGAAUAUCCUUACGUCCGUGAAGACCGCCUUCCUAGACCCUAAAAUGCAACUGGCCGCACCAUUGACGCUGUUCAUCGGACUUGAACAGGGUUUCAUCUAUGCCGAUUUCAUCGAAGCGUACGUAGUCUGCGCCUUGGGAGGAGCCAGCACGGUAACUAUAAGUUUUUUAGCUCUGGCUUCGUUUCAAGCCCUCGCCGGCGUCACUCUAUCGAUGUUACUGAGACACAUUAAAAGAUAUUUCGUCGUAGUUGUAGGAUUCGUAUUCCACGCGUGUUUGCUGCUGGUCCUGAUCAGUUGGAGACCAUCCGGAGACGACCCAGCACUUUUUCACGUAAUAUCCGCUGCCUGGGGAGUUUGCAACUCUAUUUGGGAAACUUUGAUACACACACUGGUAUUGGGUCUGUAUCCGAACUCGUGGCAAGGCCCGCUGUCGACGUCACUGUUCUGGAAAUGGCUCGGCCUCUCGUUAAUUCUCGGUUUGCACGGAUUGGUCUGCACACGAUUCCGUGUACUCGGCCUCGCUUGCGUCCUUCUGCUCUCGGUGAUCCCGUACAUAUGGCUGGAAAUCAGGCUGGCGAAAAGAGGUAAGAGCCUGGCGCCAUUGUGACUUGGAGAAUUGUCAUCGACCACGGCGAGCGAGCACGGAUCGACCUCCAAGGCGGAUCAAGCAUCAGCUCGUUACAAAGAUUGAGAUAAGAUCGUUCCAUUCGGCUUGGGAAAGACCAAGAGACGACGACGACGACACGACCACGAACAGAGCAGCAGGAAUCCUUUCGCAGAGCGCGCGGUCCCCAACAAGGAACACCAGCACGCGCGGCGCAGGGAGAACAGCGUCGCGUUUGCUUGCAACGUCGAGUUGCAAGAUCCAGCGGCGAAAAAAGAUCAGCCGAUCGUGGUGGACCCGCAGCAGAUUUGUUCGCGUUCGUCGAUCGCGGAUCACCACCACCACCACCACCACCAACGGCGGCGGCCGAGUACCAUUUCCGCUGCCGAGCUGCAGCUGCAUCGAGCGAGCAUCGUUGCCGUCGUCGUCACCGCGGAUCACCGUCGAGCGAGCAUCCUCGAUGCUGACGAGGAUCAGACCGGCGGCGGCGUUCUUCCUGUCUCUUAAGCCCGACGGCGAAGCUACGUUCCUCUUCUUGCGCGCGGUUAGUAAGUUUCGCAUUUUUCCACUGCCUACAGCAACUACUGCGUGGGCGGAAACGCACAACGAUCGAUGUCGCUUCCAAAACACGGUCAAACGAUCAUUCUAUGAUUUACACUUUUCUCCACUCGUUUCAUUAUUUGUACGUACGUAAUGUGAAACUUCGCUGACUUUCGAUGAUUUAAGGAUGUAUAAGCUAUCAUGUGCGAAGUUGGAAGAAACAACUGACUUGAGGAAGUACAAGCAUAAAAAGU